UAUUUUCUUUCAGACCACGUUCUAAUUUCUUUGCUCAUAAAUUUUCUGUAUAUUUGCGGAACAACAACGAACUUAUUUGAUCACAGGUUCUACCCCAAACCUUCCUAGCAUCAUUCUUCAGUAUCACCACAAAAGGAGUCGAGAGGGAGAGAAGCUUCAUCGAGUGCUGGACUGACCAUAAGUACCAAGCCCGAUACCGUUUGACCGUCUCUCUCUCUCGUUGGUUUCCUUGUGCAAGUCGCUUUCACUUUUACCUCUGCCUGGAUAUAUGGCUGCUGCCUUAGUGGGAGGCUCAUUCCUCUCCGCUUUCCUUCAAGUGCUAUUUGAUAGGAUGGCUACGCCGGAAUUCGUGAAUUUGUUUCGUAAUCAGAAGGCGAAUGAUGAUCUCCUCAAGAAGCUCAAGAGUGAGUUACGCACUGUUGGAGCCGUGCUCGAUGAUGCAGAGAACAAGGAAAUACGGAACCAAUAUGUCAAGGAAUGGCUUGAAGAGCUUCAUGAUACAUUUUAUCAGGCAGAGGAUUUAGUGGACAGAAUCAGCACUGAAGCUCUGCGAAUUAAGGUAGAAACCGAGUACCAAAGCUCAACCAGCACUUGUACAUAUUCGGGUGAUGAGUUUCUUAGUAGGAUCAAGCCCGAGAUAGAAACAAUAGUGGCGAGGCUGGAGGGAUAUAACAAACAAAUUAUUCCCUUGGGUUUGCAAGUUCUUCAUUCCAGAAUAAAGUCACAUCACAAAUUUGAAACAUCUUUGGUUGAUGAGACUACCUUUAUUGGGAGAGAUGCUGAUAAAGAGAAGAUAAUUCAAAUGUUGUGCUUCGAGGAUGCAGACAGAGACAAUAUCACUGUGAUUCCAAUAGUUGGACUGGCUGGGCUCGGUAAGACCACCUUGGCUCGAAUGGUUUACGAAGAUUCGAAGGUGGAACUGAGUUUUCCUACCAGGGCAUGGGUCUGCGUAUCAGAAGAAUAUGAUGCUACCAGGAUAACAAAAGAAAUCCUAAGGGAAUUCCGCAUUUCUUUUGGUGAGAGUGAUAACUUGCUCUCCCUUCAAGUGAAGCUACGAGGUGGCCUAACUGAGAAAAAGUUUCUUCUUGUUCUGGAUGAUGUUUGGAAUAGUAACUACAAUCAGUGGGAUAAUUUAAGGAGCCCUUUCAAAGGUGGAUCACGUGGAAGUAAGAUCAUUGUUACAACACGGAAUCAGCAAGUUGCAAGGAUGAUGGCCAAAGAAAGGUCAAUUCAUCAUUUGGAUUCCAUGCUAGAGGAAGAUUGCCGGUCUUUAUUUAAGAAGCAUGCAUUUGAAAAUAGAGAUGGCAAUGAAAAUGCAGAACUUGAAGAAAUAGGAAACAAAAUUGUGACGAAAUGUCGAGGGUUGCCUUUGGCUGUGAAAACAGUUGCAGGAAUUUUGCGUUCCAAAACUACCCCUGAAGAAUGGAAAGAGAUUUUAGUAAGUGAAGAGUGGACUCAAAUGGAUAUUCCAGAUGGCCCCCUGCCAGCAUUGAGAUUAAGUUACAUUCAUCUUCCUUCCCAUCUUAAAAGGUGCUUUGCUUAUUGUGCUGUAUUCCCCAGAGAUUACCAGAUUAGAAAAGAGGAAAUUAUUCAGUUAUGGCAAGCUAAUGAUCUUUUAGGGUAUCCUGGAGAAAAUAAAAGAAUUAAGAAUGAGGGUGAAAAGUGCUUUCAUGAACUGAGAAUGAGGUCAUUAUUUCAUCAGUCAAUUGACCAUACUUUCUCCAUGCAUGACCUUGUGAACGAUUUGGCUUGCUUUAUUUUUGGGAAAUACUGCCUCAGGUUGGAAGAUCAUCAGGAAGGCAAUGCUACAAUAUCUGGUGCAAGACAUUUUUCAUACCAUCGUAGUUGGUAUGACACAUUUCACAAAUUUAAUCUCUUGAGUCAGACUAAGAAUAUAAGAACAUUCUUGCCAUUGAGAACGGCUCCUAUGAUUCGUCUAAGCAACAAAUUCUUAGAGGAUGCCUUGCCCCAAUUCAUGUCUUUAAGGUUUCUAUCGUUGUCCUAUUAUGAGAAUAUUGUGAAGUUACCAAACUCAUAUAGUGGUUUCAAACAACUUCGAUUUCUGAAUCUUUCUUCAACAAAAAUAAAGGAGCUGCCGGAAUGGAUAUGUAGUUUCUAUAAUCUACAAACUUUGUUGUUGUCAUACUGCAGAGAACUUGAAGAGUUGCCGGAAAAUCUGGGAAAGUUAAUUAACUUGUGUUGCCUGGAUAUUAGUGGAACUCCGUUGAAGAAAAUGCCACCACAAAUUGGUAGACUGAUAAACCUUCAAGUCUUGACUGCUUUUGUCAUAGGCAAGGACAGCGGUUCAGUGAUUGAGGAGUUGGGCAAGCUUCCUAUGCUACGUGGUAAGCUAAUCCUCUCCGGGCUAGAAAAUGUUUGUAGUGGUAGGGAUGCAUCGAUGGCGAAUCUAAAGGGCAAGAAACACCUUGACGAGUUAACUUUGGAGUGGAAUGGUGCUAUCAAUGAUUCGCAAGCUGUGAGAGAUGUGCUUGAUAAUUUACAACCUCAUUCAAGCAUAAAGCAUCUCAAGAUCAUAGGAUAUGGCGGGACAACAUUUCCAGAUUGGCUAGGCAACUCUUCUUUAAGCAGUUUGGAAUCCUUGAGUCUAUCUCGGUGUAAAUAUUGCCACUCCUUGCCUUCACUCGGGCAGCUACUGUCCUUGCAAUCACUUGAAAUUGUUGGAAUGAGUUGUAUAUCAGACUUGACACAAGAUUUUUAUGGAGACGUCAGUGCAACCAAACCAUUCCCAUUUCUGAAACAGUUGACAAUCGAGGAGUUGCCAGAGUGGGAGAGAUGGAAAAUACCAGAAUGUGAAGUCUUCAAUAGACUUGAAGAACUCAGUAUAAUUGAUUGUCCCAAACUGAUUGGAGAACUUCCCCGACAACUUGCAUCGCUGCAAAGCAUUGAGAUAUCAGGCUGCGGCAAUCUUGUGCGUCCCAAUGGUCAAUUGAGCAUCCUGAAUGGAGAGAAUCAACAAAAUUUUUCAUCUCUUCGUCGAUUGAAGAUUUCAGAGCUAGAAAAUUUGAAAGAGUUGCCCCUACAGCUCAACCAAUUAUCCAGGCUUGAGGAAUUGAAUAUUUCAGCGCUAAAAAAUUUGGAAGAGUUGCCCCUACAGCUCAACCAAUUAUCCCGACUUGAGGUAUUGACGGUCGAUGAUUGUGGGUCUCUCUCACCCUCGCACGUGAGUAGACCACCUGCCUCACUUAAAUCACUUCGGUACAAGGGACGCUGCAAUUUGGAAUUGGAGAGUUCAAGCGGGGAGGGUGGUGGGGCCUUGGAGAACUUGACAUUACUAAAUUGUGACUCCGUCAACGUCAAAGUCGAGUGGCUUGCCUCGUUUCCCAUGCUGAAAUUUGUUGCAAUUUAUAAAUGCAAGAGUGUUGAGAUGCUCUCAGUUCCUGCUGCACUUGCACUUGGGAUUGGGAAACAGAGUGGCAUGACAACAACAACAACUACUACUACUAGUACUAGCAGUGUGAUGACGUCACUUCAAUCCUUGUCCUUCUCGGGCUGCGAUGAUCUAAUAUUGUCUUUUCCAGCCCCCAGUCUAGCGUCGCUUCAUAUAUGCGAUUGCAAGAAGCUCACGCCGCUGCCGCAACGGAUGGAAUCCCUCCUCCCGUCUCUUCAAUCUCUGCGUCUAAGCAAUUGUCCAGAAAUUGAGUGCUUCCCGGAAGGGAGUUUGCCCUCCACCCUACAAUCCCUUUACAUCUACGAUUGCAAGAAGCUCAUGAGUCGCAGGAGAGAGUGGGGUUUGGAGAAACUCCCCUCUCUCAUGAAUUUAAACAUUUGGGGUCCCUGUGAUGAAGUAGAGUCGUUUCCAGAGGAGGACUGGCUGUUGCCUUGCACGCUUCAAUAUCUCUACUUGGACUCCUUUCAGAAUCUGAAAAGAAGGUCCAAUUGA